AUCAGCCUGUCCACUGGGUGUCUCCUGAUUCUCAUUAUAGCUUUCCAUUAUAAGGACAUCAGGCUGUUCAUCAUUGACCACAACCAGGUAGACUGGUGUAUUGCCAUGACCAGCCACAGGGUUUUUGUGAUCACUCUUGAGCUGUUGGUCUGUGCCAUCCAUCCUGUCGGCAAUUACUGGGUGGUGGGCCUCCCUUUCAACUCCUCUUCCUCAGCUCCUCUGUCUGAUUCCAGCCACUACAGUAUAUUCCCGAUGGACAUCGAGCUGCUGUUAUCAGUGCUGAUGUUCCUCCGCUUGUACUUGGUGCACAGAGCUGUCCUGCUGCACAGCAAAGUGCUGCUUAGUGCCUCAUACAGGAGCAUUGGCUCGCUCAACAACAUCAACUUUACCUUCCGCUUUGUUCUCAAGGUACUGAUGAACAAAUACCCAGGACGCACACUGCUGGCCUUCAUCCUCCUCUUCUGGCUCACUGCGUCCUGGAUGCUUACUCUGUGUGAGAGGCCAACCCAAGCAACGACAGGUCACAUGGAAACGGCACUGUGGCUCAUAGCCAUCACCUUUCUCACAGUGGGCUAUGGGGAUGUGGCGCCCAAAACCGGCUGUGGCAAAUCAGUGUGUCUCUUCACUGGAGUCAUGGGAGUAGCCUGCACUGCCAUGCUGGUGGCAGUUGUUACCAAGAAGCUGGCGUUGAACAAAGGAGAGAAACAUGUACAUUUCUUCAUGCUGGACAUCCAGAUCUCGAAAAGGAUCCGCCACGCCGCUGCUAAUGUGCUCAGGGAGUGCUGGCUCCUGCACCGCACAAGCCUCACAAAGGGCAACCGUGGUGAGCACCGAAGACACCAGCGAUGCCUUCUGGAAGCUAUCAGAGUAUUUCGGCAUUUACGCCUCAAACAGAGAAAAUUGAGAGAUUACGCCAAUGAGAUGGUGGACCUGCCCAAGAUGCAGAUGAUUAUGUGCGACCUCAGUGCCAAUUGGAAUAACUCCUAUCGGGAGCUGGAGCAGCGUAUCCUCUCCAUGGAGCAGAAGCUCGAGGAGCUGAGUCUCUGCUUCCAACAAACCUCUGAGCUACUGUCUCAGGUCCUACGUCAUCGCAACCCAGAGAUCAGGUGACUUGGCUAUACAGACUUGUUGAAAUAAGAUAACAGUCUUCAGUGUAUCCAUGAAAAUGAGACGGUAAUCGUCUCCACCCAGAGCUGCUCCAGCCUCUUAACAUGCUGAACCACUUGGAGGACUGGCAUAACCCACUAAAGAUCUCAU